AUGAAGGCCUCCACCAUGAUCGUCAGCGCCCUCGCGGCCGUUGCCAGCGCGGCGCCCGCCACCUCGACGUCGACCCCGAAGCGCAGCUCCGUCGACCUCAACGCCUUCAACCAGUUCAACUUCAACUCGCUAGACCUGCAGUACUUCAACGCCAUCAACGCCUUCGACCUGCAGUCGUUCGCGCAGCUGUCGGCCUUCAACAACCUCGACAUCGGCGGCUUCCAAGCCCUCUUCUCCAACGACGUCUUCGACAUCAACGCCCUGCUGCAGCUGCAGCAGAUCGCCCUGCUGUCGCAGCUCGGCGGCCUCGGCGUCUUCGCCAACUUCGACCUGUCGGCCGUACAGUUCGCCGUCGUCGACCUCGGCCUCGUCAGCGCCAUCGGCGGCUUCGACGUCAGCUCCCUCAUCGACCAGAGCCUGGUCAGCCAGAUCCAGACCGUCGUCCAGACGACGCGGAUCACCACCGUCGCCGUCUAA